AUGGCGCCUCGCAGAUGCAGUGGGUUCCCGCAGCCUGACGGGUCCACGGUCUCCUGCUGCUUUCAUCCUGGAGCGCCUGGAGAAGCAGCACAAGGCAAAUUUGAUGGUCGCUGUGUUUGGUGCAGCCCCGGAGAGCUUGGACGCCGCCUCGCCAGCCCGCAGCUGAAGAAGCUUUUGGUGUACUCACUGCUGCAGUUACAGACCGCAGAAGCUGCGUUUCGUCAAGCUGUAAACAGGAUCCCAGAGGAGCAUCGGCAGGACAUCUUGGCGGCGCUACGGGAACGCAGCGAGGCCUUGGGCCAGGACGCGGUGGCGACGCCAGCCGCCGCGGCUGUCCUGGACGACGUCCCGCCCGAUUCGGAGUCAGCUUCAGACCAGUUAUCCACGGAUGAGGUAGAAGAAGUGCCGCUGCUUUCCGCAGACUACGACAUAGACGCUUCGGCCAAGCUUGGCCAAGCUGACCCUGACCCUGAACUUCAGUUUCAGGAAGAAAACAGAGCAUGGGAUCUGCCGGUACUACCUCACUCAGAUAGCGACGACAGCCCCCGGCAGCAUGCUGCAGAAGCGCCUCGAGCCAAACGUCGGGGUGGUGUGCUGCGCCGCCCUGCAGCACUCGAUGCACUGGAGCAACCCAUCGGACCCGGCUUGGCAUUGGCCGGCGCCCUCGCCUCUCAACCGAUGCGACGACCUGCUGCAGCAAAACGCGUGCCGAAAAGCUCCGAACGCUGCAAAGGCUCUCAAGGCCGCGAAUGUACUUUUUCCACUUUAGCGCUAGGGCAGGCAGCAACAGUGCAGCCCUUCAGGAAGCAGACCCAUUGCUUGUUCUGCAGCGACACGACCUUGGACCAUGUACUGGCGCACCAACGUGGAGCACAAGUCACCAAGACUUUACGACAACUUAAGGCUCUAAGCUCCGAGAAGUACGAGGAAGCUUUGUGCAAUCUCCGCCAACGUCAGGGUGACAAUUUUGCUUCGGACUUUGCCGCACGUGUCGAGCGAGCAGAACGCAAGAGCCAGACGACUUCUUCGCCGGCCGUCGACCAGUGGCGGACAGCCCUCCAGUUUCGCCAGCGCGUCGCCGGUGCGCUGGACCGUCGCGCAGCUGCAGCGCACACUGUGAAAGUGCGAAGAGAUCGCGGUCUAGUUCGACGGAAAUUUUUCUGCCCACAACACCUCAGCCGGCAUUAUACUGAAGCAAAUGUAGCCGAAGAGCUGGCACUCGCACCGCCUGCUGCAGACGUCGCUUUCAAUGACUCUGGUCUUCCGGCACCCGAUAUCUCUGAGCGAGCAAAAAUGGCGGAGCAAUGGUGCAAGCUUGGUUCGUGGCGCAUAUGUCGUCAAUGCCACAGUGUGCGCCCGCGUCCUUUCCAACCGGGAGAUUUGCGGCGCGUCGCCCAGCCCACCGUCAAGACCUGCACUCUGUGUCGGCGCGGUGCGCGCGUGCCGCAGCCAGGUGAUGUGCCCGAACCUUUGCGCGAACUCUCUGCAGACGUGGUGCUAGCCCUGCGGCCACUGGACGUGGACACUGGCAACUAUGAGCGAGCUCCACACGGUUACCGCGUCCAUGCAUCCAUGGUCCGGUUUGCAUGGGCCGCCAAAGACGUCGAAACCAAGAUCGCGCAGCUGUCGCACGCGCGGGAGCGGAAGCAGGCCAAGCGGGCAUUUCGCUAUCUGACAGAAUCGGAGCAGGGCCGGUCGACUUCGGCUUACGCUGACUUCGUGGAACGCCAUCGCCGCUUCUUGACUACCCACGAAGACGCCGCGGAGCAGGUGCGAAAGCGGCCGCUUCGCUUUCUGGAGGAACGAGCCCUGGAGUGCGCGCUGUGGCCGCACCUAUACUGGGAUACGUCCCUCUGCGAAACAGUUGUUCGCCUUACAGACGUGCGCCGGCAGCGGCCGGUCCGGCCGAGGGCCUGCAUGUCCAGCGGCGAGGAAGACGCAGGCUGCACCACCUCGGACGAAGACUCCGCGUCUUCUGCGUCCGCAGACAGUGCCGGAGAGCUCGCCUCUGCUGCCGGCCGGCACAGUGUACGCCGCAGUUUCCUGAACAAAGUUCUGGGACCCAUCGUGGGAUACUCCGAGGACUAUGAGCUUUUGCAUUUCGUGUAUGAUUUGGUUAUGUGGAGCUCUCUGGGCGGAACGAAGAACUCGGCGAGCAGUAUCCCUUUGCGCCUGGCCGUCAAGAAGGCGUCGUGGUCGCCGGAAUAUUGGCGUACUCGGCAUCUGGCCUUGCUGGACCUUCAGCGUCAGGUUGGCCUGCCUCACUUAUUUCGGACGCGAGCUCCCUAUGAACGCUCUUUUCCAUACCAUAUGUGGGUUCUCCACGAGAUGGCCCUGGCCGGACGCGGUCGACUGGAGCUCGCAGGGCCGGAGACACUUCACAUGGCUCAUGUUCUCAAGGAGCUCGACCGCGGGUAUUUCAGCGGCAUGAACCGGCGCACUGUCGGUCGCCGAGAUCGACAGUGGAAAGACCAUCUCCUCGCCGCAGCUGACGGUUCGGAUGUUAACACCGUGCUUAAUUUCGUUUCUCGCUUGGAGUUUCAAGAUGGAAAGCGAAAGACCGGCACCCAGCGAUACCACGGGCGCGGCGCGGUUCACUCUCACUCCUUGGACUAUCUAGAGAACGUCGGUGCGGUGCGACUGCACGAGAAGCUGAGUGCCUCGGUGCCACAACAAGCGGAAGCCGUGAUCACGCGGGGCAUCGUCCUAGACUCGCAGCUAGACAGAAAUAACAGCAAGGUGGACAUCCGAGAAGAACCCUCUGCGUGGGACGACGCAGAGCAGAAGGUGCUCUUACACCACACCGAGGAAGACCAUGCCCGCCAUGUCCGCGCAUAUUUUCCUGAAGCUUUGCAGGUAAGCAAGUGCCAUGAAGACGUCCUGCAGGCAGACGGGCACGGUGCACUCAUGCGCUACGUCGCGACGUACCAGCAAAAGUUCAGUGGGAGCUUUGCUGGUGAUUGGUUGAACGACGAAGCGUCAGACUAUAGCGUGGCGCGACGCAUUCUCUUUGACCACCACCCACUCGAACCUGAAAUGUGGCUCAGCCUUGCUGGUGCCAUGUUUCCUCAAUUUUCUUUCGGCGGCGCUUUGGUGGAUAUCUUCGCGCCCUACCCCGGCAUGGAGCACAAGCCGGACUUUGUCGUUCGCUACGAAACUUGCAGCUGGAGAGGGGAGAGCAUGACCUUGCUGGACUUCCUGCGGAAAAGCAAUUCUGUCGGCGCCAUCCUGCAGUGGGUGCGUCGCAAGCACAAGGCGACGGAGCCAGCUGGCGCCGAUUCUGUCGAGGAAUUCGCACGCAGCUGUCCCGCUCGUGGGGAGAAAGCUGUUGCCGCCGCUUGCGUCUCCCGCCUGCGAGACCGAUACUACGGCCAGUGGCUUGCACUGCACUGCCCGUUUGCUCAGUUAGACGACUUCUUCGUGCCCGAAAUCCAAGAGAAGGUCCCGGAAAGAUAUCAGCUUUUCGCCACCGCGUUGCACUGGCGUGCCGAUUAUUGGACCAACUUGGACCAACUCCGCGCGGACAUGCAGCUGGAAGCAUGCAGCAGCGACCACAUCGAGACGGUGUGUAACCUCGUGCGUGCCCAAACUCAUCUCGUCGGUCGCUACCUCCAAGGAGAUCUCGUCCGAGAAGAUGUGCGGGAUGCCAUCGAGGAGGUGGAAGCGGAAGCGGCAGAAGCUCCGCGACCGGCAGACGGCGACGUGCCGUUGGUGCUCGAUGCUUCGCAGCGUCGCCUGCAGCGCUUGAUCGAUCUCAGCGUGCAGCGAUCCUUGGACGCUCGAGCGGCAGAGGACGAUGACGCGCUGGACGACAUCGCUCUGGACGCGCACAAUACUAACCGCAUAUUGGCGGCUGUCGGGCCGCCGGGCUCAGGUAAGACUAGUGUUAUAAGAUUUCUGCUCGGCCAGGGACUGUAA